AUGGUUGAAAUUUGGGAGGCAUUGGGUCGACUACCUCAACGGGUAAUAACUUACGAAGACGAAACCAGGAGCCGGCCUUCGUUGAAGCAGGAGUUAGAGAACAUAAAAAAAGAAGAUCGGAAAUCAAUGUUAUCAAUGUUGCAGAAAGCAACUGAAGUCCAUUUGGUAGUGGCUGCACUGAUUGCAACAGUAACCUUUGCAGCAUGUAUUACCAUGCCUGGUGGAUUCGUUGGAGGAGAAGGCUCACACUCAGGCUCUGCACUUUUAAGGAGAAGUGUUGCUUUCAAAGCGUUUGUUAUUACGGAUACCAUAUCCAUGGUAUUGUCGAGUUCUGCUGUCUUCAUUCACCUGUUGAUGCCAUUUCUUUUCGACGAGGGUAUUAAUGAUGAAAAGCGUCGCAUGAAACUUGUCGUUUUGGCCUUCAUCCUCAUUUUGGGGGCAAUGGUAGCAAUGGGACUCGCAUUUGUCACAGGCACAUAUGCUGUGUUAAUGCCUUCCCAUGAUCUUGCCAUUGCCAACUGUAUCGUUGGCUUAACCUUCUUCGCCAUCUUAUUUUCUGUGUUUGGAAGACGUUUUACCUCAUCCUUCAAACGAUUAUCCGACUUUUUUGAAUUGGAAGAAAUUGAUUAAAAUAAGUUAUAUGUAAAUAAUCAUUUUAAUUUUUAAGGGACUAAGACGAGGGCGGUACUGGAAGUCUGUUUAGUUUCUGUUCAUUUCUUUGUUAUUACUAUUUUAAUCUUAUUUACAUUUUA